UCCUAUGCGAUAACCAAUCCGUAUUCAACAAGUACUACUACGUUUGGAAUGUCAUUCUCAGGCUGAUGUCUGACAGAACUUCUGUAACUCCGGAAGCCAAACGAGUCAAGAUUGAGUGUCGAAAAUUAGAAAUUUUACAGUGUUACGGAGAUUUGUCGUCGGUGUUAAACGGAUUUGUUUAACAAGUACGACGGCCGAGCUCGUGAAAUAUUACGUUUUGCUCCAUUUCUGAUUAUUGUUUCGUCCAUAUCGCGCUUAAUGGCACUUGACUGCUUUCUUCGUGUGCUCGUCUGCAUUCCAACCACCGCUCGACUCUCGUGACGAUGUUCAUGACGUAAUUAAGUUAUACCAUAGUGAUGUACAAGAUGGAUAGCAAUAAAGAUGAGGCAGAGCGGUGCAUGGAGUUCGCGGGACGCUAUAUGCGAGAAAAAAAAUACGAGGAGGCCGAAAAGUUCGCUCGGAAAGCUCAGAAACUUUAUCCGAUGAAAAAGGCCGAUGACUUGUUAGCAGAAGUAUCAAUACUUUUGAAGCAAAACCAAAAGCCUGAGUCUGCUGAACCUACUGUUAGAAAGCGUCAGAAUGUAACUAAAGAUGGAGCGCAUCCUCAAACUGCAAGUGAAUACACGAAAGAUCAGAUGGAACAUGUGGAAAGGAUAAAGAAAUGCAAGGAUUAUUAUGAAAUCUUAGGAGUCACCAAAGAAGCUACUGACAGUGAUAUUAAAAAGGCAUAUAAAAAAUUAGCGCUUCAAUUACAUCCUGAUAAAAAUAAAGCACCAGGUGCUGCUGAAGCCUUUAAGGCAAUCGGAAAUGCAGUUGCCAUUCUUACUGAUCCUGAAAAACGGAAACAAUAUGAUAUGUAUGGCCCUGAGGAAGAACGAAUGCAAAAUGUACAAACCCAACGUCAAGGCCAUACACAUUAUAAUUAUACUCGAGGAUUUGAAGCUGAUAUUACAGCUGAAGAAUUAUUCAACAUGUUCUUUGGUGUCGGUUUCCCACAGCAAGAAUUUUAUAUGCGUCGACCAGGUGGGAGAUGGAUGAGACAGCAAGAUGCACAGGCACAACAUGCUCAUUCCCAGCAAGCUAAUGGAUAUACAACAUUUCUUCAGAUGUUACCGGUUUUAUUAUUAAUAUUGUUAACCAUGAUGAGUAGUUUUUUCAUAUCUGAUCCAGUUUAUAGUCUACAUUCGAAUUCGAAAUAUUCUGUAUCCAGAACAACUCAAGGUUUAAAAAUACCCUAUUAUGUUAAGGAAAACUUUCAUAGUGAAUAUCAAGGCAGUCUGCGUAGAUUAGAAAUUUCAAUUGAAGAGGAAUUCAUGAAUAGUUUGAGACAAACUUGUGUCAGGGAGAAGAAUUAUAGGGAAACUAUGAUGUGGAAAGCCCGUAAUUUUGGAGACCAAGAUCUAUUUUUGAAAGCUAAAAGUCUCGAAACACCUUCGUGUAGAAGACUACAAGAGAUGCAAGCCUGAUAGACAAAACUUGUAACUAAAUAAAUAAGAGUCUGUUGUAGAUAGAUGUAUAUUAUAUUAUAUUCACACACAUGUAAUUGUUUUCGGGUGUAACGAGUACAUAUAUCUGGCAUAAGCUGCAAUUAUUACAUGUAUCACAUUUAUAUGUACACCCAAAGUACAUUCAAAUAUUUAUCAAAGUUUCACACAAUGUUCUCUCAAGGAGAAUAUGUAUGUGCUGUGCGUUUGUUCUGUUAUUUAUUCCAUGUAUAAGUUAUAAAUUGCAUGACGAAUGACUGAGUACACACAAUACGGAACUUAUAAACUUAUAAAUAAUAGAUAAAAUUAUAAAUUUUAGUAAUUAGACCAUAGUAAUUAAAGGCGAAAGAGUCUUUGCUCUCUUAGCUUUCUUAUUCUUAAAUUAAUUUCCUUCGUAAAUUGGUUUUAAAAAUCACUUAAAAAUAACUUGUAAAAUUAACAGUACAGUGCGUGUAACUUCCCUUCAGCAUUGCAUACAAAAUUUUGGUACUGUGGGUUCCAUUGGGGUACCAGUCAUUCUAAAUACUCGAUGAUUUGUAAUGAGCGAAAUAAAAGCCUAGUAUUUGUAAGUAUAAUUACACAGAUAAUUAUAAUAUAGACUGUAAUUAUUACGAGAAACUCUAUAAAUGCAAUUAUAAUCUCA